GGGGAUGUCCCGGAUCGCGGCGAGGGGCGAUCGGAACGGCAAGAGCAAAGAGAGGAUGAAGGAGGGGAAGGAGAAGGACGCGCGGUACACCAACGGGCACCUCUUCACCACCAUCACCGUGUCGGGGAUGACCAUGUGCUUCGCAUGCAACAAAAGCAUCACCGCCAAGGAGGCGCUCAUCUGCCCCACCUGCAAUGUCACCAUCCACAACCGCUGCAAGGACACACUGCCCAACUGCACCAAGGUGAAGCAGAAGCAGCAGAAGGCGGCGCUGCUGAAGAACAGCACAGCUCUGCAGUCGGUGUCGCUGCGCAAUAAAGGUGCCCCCCGGGAGCGCCCCAACUCAGCCGUGUACCCCUCCGAGAGCUUCCGGCAGUCCCUGCUGGGCCCGCGCCGCGGCCGCCCCUCCCUGUCCCUAUCCAAGAGCGUCUCCACCACCAACAUCGCGGGGACGUUCAAUGAGGAAUCGGCGUUGGGGAUCCGCCGCAUUCUGUCGCAGUCCACCGAUUCCCUCAACGUGAGGAACCGCACUGUGUCCGUCGAGUCCCUCAUUGAGGAAGGCCCCGACGCGGUGCUGCAGCAGCUGCUGGCAGAGCUGGAGGCGGACGAGCGCGACUUCGCGGCCGAUUCGUGGAGUCUGGCGGUGGACGGCGCCUUCCUGCAGCUGCAGCGCGCCGACGUCAUGAGGAGGCAGGACGUCAUCUACGAGCUGAUGCAGACGGAGCUGCACCACGUGCGCACGCUGAAGAUCAUGGGCGGCGUGCUGCGGCGCGCCAUGCUGGAGGAGCUGCAGCUGCAGCCCGGCGCCGUCAACGCCGUCUUCCCCUGCGUGGAUGAGCUGAGCGCUCUGCACCAACGCUUCCUGGCGCAGCUCCUGCAGCGCCGCCGCCUCUCCCUCGUGGGGGGCAGCAGCAAAAACUUCGUCAUCCAACGCCUCGGGGACCUCCUGGUCAGCCAGUUCUCGGGGCAGAGCGCGGAGCAGCUCCGGAAGUGCUACGCGGAGUUCUGCAGCAAACACAGCGCCGCGCUGCGGGAGUACAAAGAGCUGCUGGCCAGGGAUAAAAGGCUGCAGGCGUUCGUCAGGCGCACCGCCCGCUCUCCGCUGCUGCGGCGCCACGGCGUCCCGGAGUGCAUCCUGCUGGUCACGCAGCGCAUCACCAAAUACCCCGUGCUCAUCGAGCGCAUCCUGCGCCACUCCCGAGAGGACGAAGCGGAGGCGGCGGAGCUGAGCCGCGCGCUGCUGCUCGUGAAGGACCUCAUCUCCGCCAUCAACGCCGAGGUGCGCGAGCACGAACUGCGCAUGCGCCUCUACGACGUCUACCGCCGCGUGGACGGCCGCGCCAAACUGCAGCUGCGCGGGGACGGCCGACCCGGAAGCGGAAACGGCAACGGCAACGGCGCCGGAAGCGGCUGCGCCACCUUCGGGCGGGAUGAGCUCCUGCGCCGGAAGUUGUUGCACAGCGGCUGCGUCCUCUAAACCGCGGCGGGGCGCUUCAAAGACGUUCUGCUGCUGCUGAUGACGGACGUCAUCGUCUUCCUGCAGGAGAAGGACCAGAAGCUCUCCUUCCCCACCAUGGACAAACCGGCGGUGAUCUCCCUGCACGAACUGAUCGUGCGGGACGUGGCCAACCAGGAGAAGGGGCUCUUCCUGCUCAGCGCUGCGCCCCCCGAGAUGUAUGAGCUGCACGCCGCCUCCCGCGACGAGAGGACGCUGUGGAUGCGCCUCAUCCAGCAGGCGGUCAGCCAGUGCCCCAGCCGGCAGGACUUCCCGCUGAUUGAGACGGAGGUGGAGGCGUCACUGCGCAAACUGAGGGAGCGGCUGCAGCAGCGGGACCCCACAGCCCUGGGACCCCACUGCUCACCCAGUGACCCCAUGACCUAUGACCCCUGACCUGUGACCCCAUGA